AGAAACUAAAACAUUGUAUUGUGACUGUUAAUGUCUUACAACACUCAGAAAGUAAUGUUGAUUGCAGGAGAACAGAGAUCCCCAAUCGUCACCAUUGGUUCCUGGAAUUCCUCAUGGAAGACCCGCUCAGAGAAGAGGCAUCCUUCAUUGACUGUGGUCGGCUAUGUGCUCUGCAAGGGGCGAUCAACCAACAGGAGUCAAGAGUAGCGGAACUGUUUUCACAGACUGCUGGAUUACCUCACUCCUAAGUUUAUCUCACCCCUACCAACUUCUCCGGGAAAGGAUCGGCAGUGUGUUGACAAACAUCUUCGCUUUGGAUCUGCCUACUUCUGGUCCCAGAAGGACAAGAGGUCCUCUGAUCAGCCAGUUUGUGGCAAGUAUCAUGCCCCAACUGUUCUGCCUCUACUCCCUGUCAGAUGUCACCAACAGUCAACUGCAGCUGACAUCAGUUAAUGUUGAAUCCAAUACAGACAGCCAGAUGGAAGUUGGCAUCCCAAAUAAAUUCGAUGUUGAUAUUAAUGAGAAUGGGAAGAACACUGCCAUUUGUUUAUUUAAAACCAUGGUGAAGUGGAUGACCAACAGCAUUAUGCGAGCUGACUACAGCUCCAUCCCAGAGUUCUUUGCUUUUCUGCCACUUGUGUGCUUGAUGGAGAACUAUGAGGCUGAUGAUGAAGUCAACAAAGUGUGUACCGCAAUGUUGGCAGUCAUGGCACAGUGCCUCACUCUGCCAGAGUUCCUGCCAACUGCACUCACAGCCAUCAACGAGGUGGCAGAAAUGAGUUCAUGGUCUGCACGGGCCACCUGCUUGGAUUUCCUACAAGUAUUUGUGUUCCAUAACAUGCCCACCAUAUCCAGCCAGGAGCCGUGGGUGUCUCAGCAUGAGGACCUCCAACACACAUCCUCUCUCAUUAACAGAUCAGGAAGAAGAAGACUGAGAAAUCUGCUACAACUGCCUGGUCUACAGACCGGAAACUAACUGUGAGCUGUUUUUAGCCUCCGAUCCAAACUAAUACGUUUUACUUUGAUGUUAGUUAAUAUCGCCAAUAGAUUUUUAAUUUCUUCAUUGAUCAUCGCAAUU